GAACAGAUAAAGCAAAAAGGAUUAUUAAAAUACAUUUUUAGAAGAAGCCGGAGCAAUCUGGGUGAAAGCAACGUUCAAGGCGGUGUUCAUGAAUCAUGAUAGUAACAUCUAAAGCUAACAAACAAUCAAAUUUGAACCGUUAAAACCAAACCGGUUCACCAGAACCAUAUACACGUAACACGAUCAUAUAUCAUACAACAAAUUCACCAUUCAAUUCAAUGCAAAUUCACUUUCAUCAUCAUCAUCAUCAUCAUGGCGGUUACAACCCUAACAACCUCUUUUCUUCCCGCCAAACCCUUCCCUUCCCGCCAAUUCCGUCUCUACAAACGCCGCCGACUCAAAAUCAAAGCCUCAUUCCCCGUUCCUCCACCGUCACCGUUUGAAAAUCUCUUCAACACGCUAAUCUCUCAAUGCUCUUCCGUUAAUUCAAUCGAUUUCAUUGCUCCGUCUCUCGGUUUUGCUUCCGGUUCUGCUCUUUUCUUCUCCCGAUUCAAAUCCUCUCAAAACUCCGACGUCGGUGAGUGGAUCCUCUUCGCUUCUCCGACACCGUUUAACCGUUUUGUUCUUCUUCGGUGUCCGUCCAUUUCGUUUAAGGAUAAUGAGAGGUUGAUUAAGGAUGAAAAGCAUUACGGGAGGAUUCGUGUGAAUAAGAGAGAGAAGGAUUUGGAAGAGGAAUUGAAGUAUCAGAGAGUUUGUUUGAGUGCAAGUGAUGGUGGUGUGGUUUCGUUGGAUUGGCCUGUUGAAUUGGACUUGGAAGAGGAACGUGGUUUGGAUUCUACACUACUGAUUGUGCCUGGUACUCCUCAAGGGAGUAUGGAUGAUAAUAUUAGGGUUUUUGUGAUUGAUGCUCUUAAGAGAGGGUUUUUCCCCGUUGUUAUGAAUCCUAGAGGAUGUGCCUCCUCACCUAUCACCACUCCUAGGUUAUUUACAGCUGCUGACAGCGAUGAUAUCUGCACAGCUAUAACUUAUAUCAACAAAGCAAGGCCGUGGACUACCUUGAUGGGUGUUGGUUGGGGAUACGGUGCAAACAUGCUGACAAAAUACCUGGCUGAGGUUGGGGAAAGAACACCACUAACAGCUGCUACAUGUAUAGACAAUCCUUUUGAUUUAGAUGAAGCAACAAGAACCUUUCCUUAUCACCAUGUUACUGAUCAGAAACUCACUCGCGGACUUAUAAAUAUUCUACAAACGAAUAAGGCAUUAUUCCAAGGCAAAGCAAAAGGUUUUGAUGUGGGAAAAGCUCUGCUGGCAAAAUCAGUACGUGAUUUUGAAGAAGCAAUAUCCAUGGUAUCGUAUGGCUUUGUGGAUAUAGAAGACUUUUAUACAAAAGCCAGCACAAGAAAUAUGAUCAAGGAUAUUAAAAUUCCUGUUCUGUUUAUACAGAGUGAUAAUGGGAUGGUUCCAGCAUUCUCAGUUCCACGGAAUCUGAUUGCAGAAAAUCCAUUCACAAGUCUGCUCCUAUGUUCUUGUCUAUCAUCAAGUGUUAUGGAUACUGACACAUCUGCUUUAUCAUGGUGCCAGCUUGUAACAGUCGAGUGGCUCGCAGCAGUGGAGCUAGGACUCUUAAAGGGCCGUCAUCCUCUUCUCACAGAUAUCGAUCUUACAAUAAUUCCCUCUAAAGGAUUGACUCUUGUGGAGGAUGCAAGGACAGAUAAGAAUCCAAAAGUAGGAAAAUUGUUGGAACUUGCUCGGUCAGAUGCAUAUAAUGGAUACUCUAUUGACCCUUCUGAAGAUUUGCUUGAAGGAAGUAAGAAUGAUGCUGGCCUCCACUUUGGGCCCCAACAAGAUGUACAACAGAACUUUGAGCAGGGAGAUAUGAGUUUGCAGGUAAAAGACGGUCCAUUACAGCAGACUAGCUCCUCUGGUAGAGCUUUGGUUGGAGAGGAGGAUGCUGCAUCAGUGGAUAGUGAACAUGGUCAUGUUAUGCAGACAGCCCAAGUAGUAACCAAUAUGCUUGAUGUUACCAUGCCUGGUACUCUAACAGAAGAACAGAAGAAAAAGGUAUUAGCUGCUGUAGGUCGUGGAGAGACACUCAUGAAUGCUUUGGAAGAUGCUGUUCCAGAAGAUGUUCGUGGAAAGUUAAAAGAUGCUGUUGCUGGAAUUUUGCAAGCACGAGGCUCUGACUUGAAGUUCGAUAGAAUUCUUAACACUGCUCAGUCUCCUAAUUCGUCACCAGGGCAAAAGAACCAAGAAAAAUCACCAGGAGCAUCAAGUGCAGAAGUUAGUGAAAACCAGUCCUCUUCAAAUCAGAUGAAAAAUACUAGUAGUUCUAUAGAUGGCUCUGAUAACGUUCCAAGUGGCAUGAGUGAGCCUGCAGAAGGAACAAAAACAGAAGUUAUUCGUGUAGAUGAACAUUCUACAAGUUCAGCUCAAUCUCAAGAAUCAAACAAUGGCGUUGGUUCUUCUAGGAAGGAAACUGGUGAGUCUAGAGACAACAGUGAUACAAAUGAGGAUUUAAAAGGAAAAAUUGUUCUUGAUAUGGAUCAUAGCAAGAAGGAAUUGGAAACGGGUUCUAAAUCAUAUACUCCCGACCGUCCUGAUGGAGCAGGUGGCUCUGAAGCAGAAGCUGUUGCUGAACACAAAAGCCAAAAGGGUGGAAUAGCUAAAACAGACGAAGAGGAAACUGAUAUUCCGAAGGUUGACCAGAAAAGUGAAGAUUUCUCUAGUGAUCAAAGUAAAACAGCGUCAACUGAUGCAAAAGAAGAACCUACUUCUCCUAUAUCCUCUGAGAACCAGACAGUGGAAAGGGAGGGUAAUGUUGAUGAGAAUAAAGAUGACAAGAAUAUGCAGCAAGUUUCACCACAAACUAACUCUUCCAAUUCAGAUUCUGCUGCCCCUGGCAUCAGCGUUUCUCAAGCAUUUGAAGCCUUGACAGGGAUGGAUGAUUCAACUCAAAUAGCUGUUAAUAGUGUUUUUGGUGUGAUAGAAAAUAUGUUGUCUCAGCUUGAGAAGAGCUCAGACAAUGAAGAUGAAGUCAAGGAUGGAAAAUCUGUUGAACACAAGUUAGAAGAACAACAAAAAAGUAAUACCCAAAGCAAUGAUUCCAACACAUCGGGCAAGUUAGAAGAACAACAAAAAAGUAAUACCCAAAGCAAUGAUUCCAACACAUCUGGCAAGUUAGAAGAGCAACAAAAAAGUAAUGAAGCUGAAGUCAAGGAUGAACAAACUGUUGAACACAAGUUAGAAGAACAACAAAAAGGUCAAAGCAAUGAUUCCAACACAUCUGGCAAGUUAGAAGAGCAACAAAAAAGUAAUGAAGCUAAAGUCAAGGAUGAAAAAACUGUUGAACACAAGUUAGAAGAACAACAAAAAGGUAAUAGCCAAAGCAAUGAUCCCAACACAUCUGGCAAUCCUUCUCUAGAUGAUCACCAUGACGGCAUAUCCUUGAGGAAUGAUUCUUGCGAUACCGAAGAACAACUAAAAAGCCUCAGCACCAUUAAUGGAAGCAGUGUAUGUGAUUCUCAAAAUUAUAACUCUGAUGAUCACCCAGUUAAGAAGCCAAGUAAUACAAACAGUCAACUAAUUGUCGAAAGAUCUCUCGAUGAUGAAUGGGAUGGACACAGACAGGUAAGUAGCAUGCCAGAGUUUAUAGUUGCAGGUUCAUAUGGACACGGGAACUCUCCGUACAAAAAGUACCUCCAUAAACAUCUUGUUUCGGAGAUUCCCACCAAAUCACUUGAUUUAGACACAACAACUGCAUUAUUUCUUGAUUAUUUCCCACAAGGUCAAUGGAAACUCUAUGAACAACCACAAAAAAUGGAAAGUUCUUCUGCUGAUACUGAAAUUUAUAAAGAGGUUGGGAGCAAGAUGAAGGACCGCGCAUCUGCAAAAUCUUUUGAUGAAGAAGAGUGUAUUGAACCACCAUAUGUGAUAUUAGAUACUGAAAAGCAACAAGGGCCGGUUAAAGAGUUCAACACAACAGACACUGAGAACAGAAUGAUUCAUACUGAUGAUGACAGGUCGGAAAAGUCUAUCCAAUUUGUGAAAAACAAAGUACUAGAUUCUUUGAAGAUGGAAGUUGGUCGCAAGCUGAAUGCUGCGGAAGUGAUAGAAAUGAAACCAAAACUUACCGAAGAUCUGGAACAUGUAGCAAAUGCCGUUUCACUGGCUGUUGUAACUAGCAAGGGGCAACAACUACUAUAUUUUGAAAGUCAAGGUCGUGAUUUUGAGGGUGCUGUAGGAAAAUUUGGCUCUCUUGACGGGGAGUAUAUCAUUAGAGCAAUUUCAUCCUCUGUUCAGCAAACUAGCUGCCUAAGAAAAGUCAUUCCAGUUGGUGUUAUUGUUGGAUCCAUCUUAGCUUCCUUGAGGAAAUAUUUUAAUAUAGCUCCACGUCAAGAAAAUGGCCAUGGAAAAUCUCUGGCUCUUGGUGAUGGGAGGAAACCUGGUGAAAAGAACUAUGUCAUUGUUGAUGCAACAGAGGCAGAUCAAGUACCAGAUGAGAAAACCAGUUUCGACCAUCCCAUCAAGAGUGAGUUUGUAGAAAGUGAAUUGGAAGAUUCAAGCAAAAAUACUGUCAUGGUUGGUGCUGUUACAGCUGCUAUCGGGGCUUCUGCGUUACUCAUGCAACAGCAGGAUUCACAAGGAGGAAAUGUAAAUCACAAAAAUCAGCCAGAAGGGCUUGAGGAAGAAGUUUCCGAUAAUCAGAAUAACAUAAUCACAAGCCUUGCUGAGAAAGCCAUGUCGGUUGCUGGUCCAGUUGUACCUACCAAAGAAGAUGGAGGAGUGGAUCAAGAUAGACUGGUUGCAAUGCUAGCUGAUUUAGGACAGAGAGGUGGCUUGUUGAGGCUAGUUGGGAAAUUUGCUUUGCUAUGGGGUGGUAUCCGCGGUGCAAUGAGUUUGACCGACAAGCUUAUCUCAUUCUUCCAUUUUUCUGAGCGUCCGUUGUUUCAGAGGAUCUUCGGGUUUGCUGGCAUGAUCCUUGUUUUAUGGUCUCCAGUUGCUAUUCCGUUGCUUCCUACAAUUGUUCAGGGUUGGACAACAAACACUCCUUCCAAAAUAGCUGAGGCUGCCUGCAUUAUUGGCCUGUACAUUGCUAUAAUGAUACUUGUUAUGAUAUGGGGGAAAAGAAUCCGUGGAUAUGAAAAUGCAUUUGAGCAGUAUGGGUUGGACUUAACUUCAAAAAGGUUAAUUGAAUUUUUGAAAAGCUUGAUUGGUGGAGUCAUGUUCAUUUUUUCAAUCCAUGUUGUGAAUGCAUUUCUUGGUUGUGCAAGUUUCUCUUGGCCUCAUAUUCCACCUUCUUUAGAUGUCAUGGCUUGGCUAAAACUCUGUGGACAAAUGGGUCUGCUAAUUGUACAAGGAACUGUAAUGGCAAGUGCCAUUUCGUUUGUGGAAGAAUUGCUUUUCAGGUCAUGGUUGCCCCAGGAAAUUGAAGCUGAUCUUGGAUAUCAUCGUGGAAUCAUAAUUUCAGGGCUGGCAUUUUCUUUCUUGCAGAGGUCGCUACAAUCAAUACCGGGACUUUUGCUUUUAUCUUUGUCUUUGUCAGGUGCCCGGCAGAGAAACGGAGGUAGCCUCUCUAUCCCUAUCGGGCUACGUGCGGGGAUGUUGGCGUCCACUUUUAUCCUGCAAAAGGGUGGUUUUUUAACAUAUAAUUAUAAAGGAAACAUUCCUCUUUGGAUGAUUGGGUCUCAUCCAUUUCAACCAUUUAGUGGUUUAGUUGGUUUGGUAUUUUCUCUAUCAUUAGCAAUCAUUCUCUACCCCAGACCGACUUCACAAAAAAUUGAAUCUAAGGAAUGAGUGAAAUAAUCAUCAGUGAAGGGCAUUACAGUUAUGAAUUUAGUAAUGCAGCCCUGUUAUAUGCCGAAGUUGGAAGUAGUUUGUACUUUGGUGGACCGUUUUGAUUCUACUAUACACAGUACAAACUUUUCUUGUAGUUAUUUGGGGAGUUAAGAAUGGGAGUGACAGUAGUUGAGGCAUACAAAGAAAGAGGAAUCUUCGGAAAAUUAAAGGCUUCAGUUCUCUCGAGUAUCAUGCAAAAUGCUUAUGUAGAGAGGUAGGCACCAAUCGUAUCAUGGGCUUUAGAUUGAAGGUAAUUCAAGGUUCUUUUUGUAAGUAGAAGGGUACAGGUUUGUAUAGAAUUGUAUAUUUUGUUUUUAUACCUUACUAGUUUAUUAGCCAAUCAAAGUGUACAGUAGGAUUUCUGUAAGUUUCACCAGUUCUGUCAUUAUUUAUCGGAACGUGAUAAACUGGAAUUUUGAUCCUCUCAAAUACUUGAGAGGUCCAUUUGGAGACAGAAAAAGAGAGAGAAAAAUGUGAAUGAUGUAUUUAAUUUUUAAUCACUAAAUCAUUUACUCUUAUUCUCUCUUCAAAUGGACCCCUCAAGUUUUUCAGAGUGGAGACGAUCCAAACUUAACAAAAUAGUGAGGAGUUAGUUAGUGUAUACUGUAUAGGAUCCUAGGUGGGUAUUCAUUUUUCUGUUUACUCCUUUACUUUUAUAUUUUCUCUGCCAUUUUUAUAGGUACGUACAUAAUGUAAUGUUGUAUUGUAACAUAAAAUAACGAGUGAAUCCAAUAUUUUCCAAAGCAAUUAGGUAUUCUAGCUCAAGGAACAACUAGGAAGUGGAGGCGAAGUUUUCCAUAUGCACUUGCCUGUGGGAACUCUUUCCUGGAAGGACAUAUAUGUGGUCAUUUAUUGUAAAACCCAAACCCAAAGGCUUUCUUUUAUGUAGUUUCAAGGCUUUUUUCACAGAAAUGUUGUUUCAGGCUGUUGUUUAGUUUUUUUUCCCGCAGAAAAUGUUGGUAUUCCUAUACACAUCGUUAUGGAAUUUGUAUUUCUUGUUCCUUUUUCUUUGGCAUAAACACAAACCAACCUUGCAGCAUGACAGGCGGAUGAAAUAUAUGAGCAGUAUUUCAGAA